AUGGACAACAAAGCAGGAACAUCCAAGGGCGUCGCGGCUGUUCCCACUAAAGACGUGCCACUGGCGUGUCUGCACCGCAUCAAGCGAGAUAUCACGGACUUCAACGUUGACCCGCCACCGGAUAUCUUCAUCGCGCCCGCGGAGAACGACAUCACAACGAUCAACGCCAUCGUGAUGGGCGCUAAAGGUACGCCGCUCGAAGGCGGGUUCUUCCACUUCUGCGUGCAAUUCACCGAUAAGUACCCUCUGGAACCACCGAAGGUGCGCUUCAUGACGACGGACGCUGGGCGGGUUCAGUUCAACGAGCACAUCUACAAAAACGGCUCCAUCUGCCUCAGCACGCUGAACACAUUCGGAUCGACGUGGACCCCAGCCCAGUCGCUAAGCAGCCUCCUCGUUUCCAUCCAAUCGCUGCUCUGCGAUGUGCACAAGUUCAAGGACGAGGCGGUGAAUGAUCGCUUCGAAUCCAUCUUGCAGCACGAAACCAUCAGGGUUGCUGUCUGCGAUACGGUGGAAUCUUGCCUUCGAACUGAUUCGCCGUUAGCGCAGACCUUGAAAGACGGCGUGCUCCAGAAAUUCUCAGAGUUUUACGACAGGUACGAAGAAGUGGUGAAGUCGAGGAUGCAGCUUACUGGAACGCAAAUGCAUGACCCCGCCAGAUUCAACGCAGGCACGUAUCAGUUUGAAAAGCUGCUGACAAGGCUGCAAGAGUUGAAGCAAAAAGUCGCCAAGAGGAACGAAGCCGCUGCGGUGAAGGCUCAGACCUGA